CAUUAUUUGCUUCUUCUUUUGUUUACUUUCCCACUGCCGCAGAGGCUCGUCGACGUCAUAUAGUAAUAGCCAAUGUGUGUGACUCAGGCCAAGGCUUUUGUGAUGUGGAUUUUGCUUCGUGGAGCUGCUGUGUUAAGCUGAAGUUGUCCAGUUCAUCCCAGAUUUGUUUGGUUGGUUUAUAAGAGGCAGUCAACAGAACCAGCAUGGAUGAAACUAAACAUGUUGAGGAAUCGGUCCAGAUUUCAAGCUACACCCAGGUCAUCUUAAUAGUUUUGGUAACGACGUUUGGAAUUAUGAUGCUGACGAAAAAGAGAUAUAAACUGCCCCCAGGGCCUUGGGCAGUGCCAAUGAUUGGCAAUAUUCUGUCGUUCGUGAAUACAAGCUUUGACAGAAAUCUCUCUAAGUGGCACAAAAAGUAUGGACCCGUAUUUUCCUUUUCCAUAGGUCGAAGACGCAUGGUUGUCAUCAAUGAACCAGAGGCCCUGAAUGAAGCACUUGUUAAGAAAGGGUCUGAUUUUUCUGGAAGGCCAUAUUUGUAUUCAAUGAGCAUUGCCACCCAGGGUAACAAAAGCAUCUUGAUGUCAACGUAUGGAGAUGGGUGGAAACUGCAGCGGAAAAUUGCCAGUCAUGCUUUACGCCAAUACCUCACAGGCAGGCAGUUGGAGGAGAGAGUUCACGAAGUCCUUCAACCUAUCAUCCGCAACAUGCUUGAGAGAGAGGAAGCAUUUGAUCCUCACAUGCACCUCUCCUUGACUGUGUUCAACAUACUUCUGGGAAUAUGCUUUGGAACAGUAAUGGAAUUGGAUGAUCCAGAGUUUGUUGGUCUUAUAAAUUUGUUUGAUGAGGCGAAUGACCUCUUUGGGAAUGGAUUCCUGGAAGACUUCUUUCCCCCAUUGCGAUUGUACCCAACCAAGAAGUUUACGAGAACUAUGGAACUCUUUGGGAAAUUUAAUCAAUUUAUUUAUAGUCGCUUGCAGGAGCAAAAGGAGAAGUUUGACCCAGAGAAUGUGACAAACUUGACCGAUAACAUCAUCCUAGCCAAGCAGGAAGUGGAAGCAGACACCAAGUCGCCAGUGUCCGCCUUGUUCACAGACACACAUGCGUCCCAAACUCUUGGAGAUGUGUUCGGAGGUGGAGUGGACACUACAAGAAUACAGUUGGGUUGGAUAUUCCUGGUCAUUUCUACACGUCCAGACAUUAAGGAGAAGGUCCAGGAGGAAGUUGACAGAGUUAUUGGGGACAAGAUACCAGGCAAGGAGCACAGAGCUAAGCUGGUCUACACGGAGGCCGUCAUGCUGGAAGCGAUGAGACUGUUCCCAGUGGCCCCCCUUGGAGUGCCUCAUGAGACCCUGCAGGACACAACCAUUGGUGACUACGAGAUCCCCGCAAAGACAACAGUGUUUCCCAAUCAAAUCGAAAUCUUGCAUGAUCCAAAUCUCUGGGAGGACCCACUCACUUUCAAGCCGGAGAGGUUCCUGGAUGAAUCUGGCACAAAACUAGUGGCCAAGGGACAAGGUUGGGUCCCAUUCUCAAUGGGUCACCGAGUGUGCCUGGGCGAGUCGCUGGCCAGACUUCAGAUCCUCUACGUCUUAGCUGGCCUGGUGCAGAAACUCAACUUCAGUCUGAGUAAGGACAGUUGUCCGGACCUCAAGUGUAACCAAGACGGCUUGGUCAACAAACCCAAGAAAUACAAACUGAUUGUUACCAGCCGCUAAGAUGGGCUCUGUAGCCUACAUUAUGUUUGAGCACUGAGAAAAGUGUUUCUAUGUUAUGUGAAUCCAUUCGAUAUAAUGUAAGAUGAAACAUUUUGAUAGCCUUUUCAGAUCAUUAAAUACGAUUUGUCAGUUCCAAUUUUGUAACUGUUCAAUUGACUACAUGUAAAUUUGUUAUUUCUUGAAUUGAUAAAACAUUUGCAUUAACAUUUCAAUCUUUGUACGGUUGUUUUAUUGAAAUUUGUCUAAAAGUAUUUUGAUAAGAAAAUGUGUUCGUUUUACAAGUAGUACUUACUAGUACCUUUAUUAACAUGUUACCCAUUUAUUACAUUGCUUUUUGACCAAAUAUGUUUAUUGUAAUACAUUGUUAGAAAGGGUUUCUAAUGCCCAUAAGAUAUAAACAUAAAGAGCCAGGCAAAUUGAUUGUAAUUGAUCCCCUCCGUCUGUGAUCAUUUUUUUAAAAAAAAUAAUUGAUGGGCAUGUUUUUGCUGUUGUUAUGCUGUCAAUGCUGCAAAUUUGAACUGGAUUUUGGGACAAAAAAGUGAGUACUGUUGUUGUUUUUUUAAUGAUAUUUCAGUUUCAGAGUUUGAAUUUUUUUCCUGUUAAAUCUGGGUUCCACUGGAAAGAGAAUUAAGUGCGCUUUGACUCUGACUGAAAACAAGAUAUUGUGUAAAACAGAAAUAAUGACAACAACUACAACUAACAAGUCAAAUAGUUUCAUGGAUAUCUGAUGCAUUAGAUUUAAGUUCUACAGUCAUUUCAGCAAGUGAUUUGACAGCUUGAAACAGGAAGCUCAACUAGCCAAAAUUAUUUCACGGAGUGGGUUUUGUCGAAAUAAAGAGAAAGAUAUCUGUUUGGCUUGUCAUUUUGCAGUUUAAUGAUAAUAGAGCGUUUGUAUGCCACAAAUUCCCACUCAACAGCAAGCUCUAGGAACUUUACAAUCUAUAUCAUUACCCUAGCAGACUUGAUAGCAUUCUGAAACAAUCUCAACUUCAUGGGAAGCAUGCAGUGCAAGCUGCCAUUUAUUGGUGCUAUAACACAAACAUAAUGCACUUUCUAUGGCCGGGUACCUAUUCUGACAUUGGGUGAAGUGAGGAAAAUUCUUGUAAAGUCACGAGCUGCAGCUCGAACCCCCAAACCCGCAACCGUAUAGACAAAAGUAACAGGAAAAUUAGAUAAAUAAGAUCUGCCACCCACUUCAUCGCAUGAUUGGAUGGCCAGAGGUAACAUACCGACCAAAACCUCAGGAGGUGAGCAAAGACUAAUAAAGUUUUGUGAAGGAUUCUGUAAUUGUAGUGAAUCUAGGUCCUGUUCCAGUGAGGUGCAGAGAGGCUGAUGUUUGCAAAAAAUGUUAAUUUAUCAUUCCAAUAACCAGGUCUCUACCAUCUGUAUACUCAGUAGCAUUCUGUCAAAUUUAAUUAGUUCUUGUUCACCCUGACUGAAACCAGCCAGGUAAAUGUGCUGGGCGAGAAUCCAACAGGCCAAAAACUGCCAGGCUUGCUCCUUAUUUCUUCUAUGGUAAGCUUGGCUAUGGUGCUGAUAAAAUAGUUCACAAGAUUUUUGCUGUUGACUGUUUGGGUUUUUUUCAACAAGUGAGGAAAAUGUGUCAGAGAAAGUUGUUGACCAAAUGGACACCCAUUGAUGGCAAGGAAUGUGAACAAGAAAAAAGAAAGGUUUAAUUUCAGCUCUCUUUCUCCACAUGCAUGAGUUGACCCACAUUUUGCACUGCCUUUGUAAUUUGUUUACGAAAAUGAAGAAGUCUGUGACAUCUUGUCUUAGUUCUCCUGUAAGUAAGAUACUCAUGCAGCAAAUACUGUGCAUUAAGUGCAGUCUAUUUUGAUUAAAUUCAGCAAGAAAUUGUGCUUCAAAAUGUUUGUGAGUUUUAGACUUUUUAAACAAAUGAACUGUAUUUUUGUUAAUCAUGACUGAGAUAUUUCGAAAUGUUUUAUUAUAUAAAUGUUAAUGUUUCUGAUAUUAUAAAAUGAUUUUCCAAUUUAUUCGCCUCAGUGACUCUAGUGCAGGGCAUGGACAUCAGAUACUGUAUGACACAGAUACUGUCUUUUAGCAGUUGAUAUGGAUACUUCUUUUGAUUUCAUGUCUUCAAUCUAGUUUUACAGAUUGUAAUCUAUAUAUAUAUAUAUAGAUAAAUACUUUGCUAUUCUAUAAAAAAAUGUAUCUUCAUUUUAUAUAUAUAUUUAAACUUUUUAGAAUGUCUAUUUUUUUACUUUCUUAUGGUUCUCACCAGUUUUGAAUGUUUUUACUAUACUAUUAAUGUAUGUUGGUUUUUUUAAACUUCCUUUUGAUCUUAUUGCCCAUCUUUUCACAUAUAUCCUCAUACUAUGUACUGGGUGAAGAAACUUCAGUUUUCUUGUCAAACUACUCACUUCUCAAAACCGGUUUUAAAAAACACUACAAAAAAAGUUAAUAAAAACCAACCUAUUUACUUGGAACAAA